UGCAACACUGCCACGAGUCCACGACUCACUUGGAGAUCAGAGCAAAGAUAAGGAGUUGUGAGAUCAGAUGGCAUCACUGUGCUUCAGUAGUAGCUUCAUAUUGAACACCCACACCCAAACUAUACGCAAACGAUCCUUCCUGCCUGCAACAACCAACCCAAGCAGAAGAAGAUCAGUGACCAUAGCAGCAGAGUCGUCUUCUUCAAUGGCUACUGAAAAUUUGGGUAUCAGGAUUGAAAAGAAUCCUCCCGAGUCCACGCUCACCCAACUCGGCGUCAGGAAUUGGCCAAAGUGGAGUUGCCCUCCAAGCAAGUUUCCAUGGACGUACAGUGACAAAGAGACGUGCUAUCUGCUGGAAGGAAAAGUGAAGGUUACACCUGCUGGAUCAAAAGAGUCGGUUGAGAUUGGUCCUGGUGACUUGGUUGAAUUUCCUAAAGGAAUGAGUUGCACAUGGGAUGUGUCGGUGGGUGUGGACAAGCACUAUAAGUUCGGCUAGAUCGAGUGAGGUUAGACCGAUCGACCAUCUCAUUAGCUGUGUAUUUCACUCCAACCUAGCUAUAGAUAAAACUUUUGCAGUCUUUGUUGAUGAAUCCUUUCUUUGCUGAAAGGGGUUCGGAACGCGCACUGGUAGGCUCAUCUCUGUGUCCAUGGUUAUUUUCAUUUAUAAAUAAAGCUUGCACCAGGGGGCGAAGUAAUGUUAG